AGCGUCCUAUGUAGGGGAAAUAACAGGUUAGCGGCACGAAAGGCCAGCCCAUUGGAGGUCUUCCUCUUCAGACUAAAUUUUUUAUGUGCAGAGAUACAGAAAGGUUGAUUAAGUAGCUUUAUUUAGCUAAAUUUGAAUACCGGAAAUAUCAAAAAUGAUUCGCUUCAUUCUGAUCCAAAACCGAGCAGGAAAAACCAGACUGGCCAAAUGGUACAUGCAGUUUGAUGAUGAUGAGAAGCAGAAGCUCAUUGAGGAGGUUCAUGCUGUAGUGACUGUCCGAGAUGCCAAACACACUAACUUUGUAGAGUUCAGGAACUUCAAGAUUAUCUACAGACGCUAUGCUGGUCUGUAUUUCUGUAUCUGUGUGGAUGUUACUGACAAUAACCUGGCCUACCUGGAGGGCAUUCAUAACUUUGUGGAGGUCUUAAACGAAUACUUCCACAAUGUGUGUGAAUUAGAUUUGGUCUUCAAUUUCUACAAGGUGUACACGGUAGUAGACGAGAUGUUCCUGGCUGGAGAGAUUCGAGAAACAAGCCAGACGAAGGUCCUGAAGCAGCUGCUCAUGCUGCAGUCACUGGAGUAGAGACGUCACUGAAUCACAGCCAUACACCACCGCAGCAGCAGCAGGAUCCUCUCGAAUCUGCUGAAAGCCAGUCUAUAUUGUUUCUGUGUAUAGAUGUUGUCACUGAUAUAUAUAACCCAACAUUUCAGCCUCUUAAAGCUGUGCUAUGUAAGAUUUUAAGAGUGUGAGUGUUUAAAAGCUUUAUGAUACUGAGAAAGAUGACUGAAUGCAGUUGAAGAAUGAAAAGCCUGGUAUGAAAGCUUGCACCUGAUUUCUUCAACUGCCUUUUCAGACAUUCAGGUGUAUGAAUAAUGUUUUUUUUUUUUUUUUUUUUCCCCAGUUAAGACCCAAUUCAGUGAUCCCUAUCAAUUCACUACAGGAGUAUAAAUGUUUUCAAUGUCUCAUAACACCUUACAUAGUAUAACUUUACAGUUUUUAAGUCUUGUAGGAAGGUCUCAAAAUGGCACUGCCUAUUUUGCUCUUUCUUGAUGCAUUCAGUUUAUAAUUCAAUGAAUUUCAAGAUUGGACAUGCAUUUUUGUGAGGCCGCUGUAGUCAGAAUUGUCUCAGUUUUUUUCUCCGGUUGAAUUUUUAUGUUGCAAGGUUAGAAUUUUGCCACAAACGUGUGUGAACGAUUUGUCCCUGCCCAUUAACACAUUAACACUAAACUGCUGAAUAACCAGCAGGAUAAAUAAAACUGGAAUUUCUGAUAAACUAUUGGAGCCCUGUAUAAAAUCAUGUAUAAAAAGAAGAAAAACACACUUUCACACCAUUAGUUCUGGGAAUUUUUGUAUUGUGUGUGUAUAUACAUUAUAUAGCUAUAUCUAUCUCCAUGUGUUUUAGGUCAAUCAUACAAUCUGAAACUACGAGCUUCAUUCCAGUAGGCAAAUGUCUCUCUGUUUUUGCUUAGUUACCAGUACCAACAUGCACACAGUCAAACCCAAACUGUUCAGCGUUAGCCCACUGGCUAUAUGAACAUCUAAGACACCUUGAAGAAGUUGAGCUAUUAGCAGUAAUUGUGGCGUGUUUGCUGAAUGAACAAAGGCACACAGUGAUGGGGAGCUUGUUUAGCCAGCAAGGCUGAACAGAUCUUACAGCACUCACAGGGAACAUACACAACAAAAGACUGCAUCUACUUUUUAUCUCCAAAUUCUGUGGCUCUGCUCCCAACUAGCGCUUCCAUAGCAACAGCUCUGGUCAGCCUCGAGCCUCUUUGGACUGGUUUUCUGGAUUCCGAUUAAGCUUAGACCUGGACCAUUACAUGCAAGAAAUAACCAUUCCUUAGUACUUUUAGCUCUGGACUAGGCUUAAUCAGAAUCUCUGAUUCUGCUCCAUUACAUGUUUAAAGUUUUUAAUCUGUCUUAAUUUUUAUCUUUUCAAUGUCAUUUUUCAUUGUUCUUUUUGUUUUCAUCUGAAAGAUAUUAUGCACUUGUCCUUGUGAGAUUGCGGAGUGAAGGUAAUGUGUUUUUAUUCUUUGUUCAGAUCAAUAUGUACCCAUAAAAAAGGAAAGAGAAAUAAAAGUAGCAAAAUUA